AUGCUACGCCUCUCAAACAACAACCUCACAGGGGAAAUACCCACAAGUAUGGGGCGACUCCCUUGGCUAGGGUUGCUUGACCUUUCAUCAAACAAGCUUGAAGGACAUAUUCCAAGUGAACUAGGCAAUCUAAUUUUUUUGUUCCAAUUGAGCCUUGCAGACAAUUUGCUCAAUGGAAGCAUACCACAAGAAAUUGGAGCACUGUCCAAUCUGGAGCUGUUGGAUUUGUCAUCAAAUAACCUAAGUGGUAUGGUACAUGAAUCAAUUGGGAAUUGUUUAAAGCUUCACUCAUUUAAUUUGAGCAAAAAUAGCUUGAAAGGAAGCAUCCCAGCCACCCUAGGGUUAUUGCACAACUUACAAUACAUGUUGGAUUUAAGUGACAAUUCAUUUACUGGGGCAAUACCAAGCCAACUAAGUGGCCUGAUCAUGCUAGAUACUUUGAACAUUUCACACAAUAAACUUAAUGGCUCCGUCCCUCAAUCCUUCCAGAGUAUGGAAAGCUUGAUUUCCAUUGAUGUAUCUUAUAAUGAAUUGGAAGGACCAGUCCCAGGGAGUAAGAUCUUCCAAGAAGCUCCAAUACAAUGGUUCAUCCAUAAUAAGAUGUUGUGUGGGGAAGUGAAAGGAUUUCCCCCUUGUAGUAGUGGUGCGACUCAGAGCAAAGGGAGAAGGAAAGUAUACAAUGCACUUGUACUAGCCAUAGUUCCUGCACUGAUAUCUCUUGUUCUUAUUGUGGUGAUACUUAUGAUUCAACAUGAAAGGAAGAAAUCCACUACAAUUAACACCAUUAAUGUAACACAAGAAAACCUCUUCUCUAUUUGGAGUUUUGAUGGGGCAGACGUGUUCAAGCAAAUUGUCGAAGCAACCAAUGAUUUUAGCGAAAUACAUUGCAUAGGAGCCGGGGGAUAUGGAUUUGUUUACAAGGCUAGACUUCCCACAUCUGAAAUAUUUGCAGUGAAGAAGAUACACAUGAUAGAAGAUGAGUAUAGGGUGAACGAAGCAGUGUUCAAUCGUGAAAUCAAUGCACUAAUGCAAAUUCGGCAUCGAAACAUCAUUAAACUAUUUGGGUAUUGUUCCUGUAGCCAAGGAAGGUUUCUUAUCUAUGAAUAUAUGGAGAGAGGAGACUUAGCAAAAAUAUUGACAAACAAUGGAAGGGCAAUCGAGUUGGACUGGGGAAGGAGGACACAUAUUGUGUUGGACGUGGGCCAGGCUUUGGCAUACAUGCAUCAUGAUUGUUCAUCACCAAUAGUCCAUAGAGAUAUAACAAGCAAAAAUAUUUUGCUCGAUCCGGAAUUUAGAGCAUGCAUAUCCGACUUCGGCAUGGCUAAAAUUCUCAAUAUUGGUGGUCAGAAUCUCACAAGGCUUGCUGGGACGAAGGGAUAUAUUGCCCCAGAGCUAGCAUAUACAAAGAAUGUGACGGAGAAAUGUGAUGUAUAUAGCUUUGGGGUGCUGAUCCUGGAGAUAUUUAUGGGAUCCCAUCCGGGCGACUUGCUCUCAUCCCUCUCAUUGGGCACCAAGAAUAAUGAUGUUUGUCUACAUGAUCUGUUGGACUCGAGGCUUGUGCUCCCAGAUGCUGAAGCCGCUAGAGAAAUAUACUGCAUGCUCAAUGUUGCAGUACAGUGCCUGGACCCAAAUCCGUCACGCAGACCAACAGCACGACAAGCCAGUGAUGAGCUAUCUGAUAUGAAAGCAUGUGAAGGCCAUGUUGAUUAUCUGCAUGUUGUCCUAACUAGUCCUGCAUAG